UCAUAAGGUAAAGAAUGAAUAUAAGCAAAAAAUUUGAAUGCAGUUGCAGGCUGCGGGAGAAGACCAUGUGUCCCACUCAUUUUUCUGAUGGUAAAAUUGGGUUUCCAUACACGUGAUGGGUACCAGCUCAUCUCUUUCUAUAUAAUGGAUCCUCCCAAACCCUGACCCCAUUAUCCCUCAAUUCUUCCGGCCAUGAACUUCUUCAAAUCCGUCUUCGCCGACGACCCUGAGCCUGCUUCCGACCCACCCCACAGCGCCGCCCACCCCGAUCCGGGCGAUGAUGAACCCAAUCACCGAAACCCUAAUCCCAAUGCAGCCUGGAGUUUUGGGGGUCUGAUCAAAACCCUGGCCUCCAAAUCCGAGUCGGUGAUCGAGAGCUACCGCCGCGAUAUCGAGGAAUUCGGCACGGGUCUUAAGAAGGAGACGGCGGUGAUCCGCGACGUGGCGAGUCGCGCCGUCAAGGACCUCCCGGCGUCGCUUGAGGUUGGGGCGUCGGUGGCUCAGGAUUCUCUCGAGUCGGUGGGGCAGGCGAUUGAUGAUAUCGGGAGCUCGGUGUGGCGAGGGACGGCUGAGAUCAUCACUCACGGUAGGGAUGCACUUCUCGCGGCUGAGGAACACGAUAUUGAUUCUCCUUCGGAUACUAAUAGUCAGCAAUUGAGUAGUCAAAGUUUGAGUUCGCAGCGGUACAGUAGGUUUGAUGUGCAGUUGCGUGCAAUUCAAUGUGAUGAAAAUACCUACCGUGAAGAACCUGAGGACUUGGAUGGUUUCAGUAAGUGGAAAUUAGGGUUCGUGUUGGAGGAUAAGAGCGCGGAGAUUGAAAAUCUGUCGGAAGCGAAUGGGGUAAUGGGAGAGAUUUACAGUAAGGUUGUUCCCAAUGUGGUUGAUCACGAUACUUUUUGGAGUAGGUAUUUUUACAGGAUUCAUAAGCUUAAGCUAGUCGAGGACGCGAGAGUGAAUCUUGUGAAUAGAGCGAUUGCCGGGGACGAGGAGGAGGAUUUGAGCUGGGACAUUGACGAUGAUGAAGAUGACGAGGAAAAGAGUAAUGGGUCUGAGUUGAAGAGAGAAUUGAACCAGGAAAAUUCUUCUGCAUCCGUGAUGGAGCAGAAAAUUGUUGAGAAUUCACGGUUGGAGGAGAGUUUGAAGAAGGGUGUCGUUCAUGAACAGGCCCCUGACGAGAGGGUGAAUUCAGAUGGGAGAUCUGAUAGUGACAAGUCAGAAACAAAAUCUGAGAAAAUGAUCUCAGAGGGGAGGACUGAUAGUGUCUCGAUCGUUUCAAGCCCACCUUCAUUGCCGGAGGAAGAAGACCUUGGAUGGGAUGAGAUUGAAGACAUUGGAAGCAUUGAUGAGAGUAAGGUGGGUGUGAGUGGGAGCCCUGCUAAUAAAGCUGAUCUGCGAAAGCGACUAAGUGCUGCAGAGGAAGACGAAGAUCUCACUUGGGAUAUUGAAGAUGAUGAUGAUGAGCCUGCUAAGUCUUGAUCAAACCUCAAUACCAGGGCAAGACAAUAUAUCUACAUCUACAUAUUUAUACAUAUAUAUUAUGAUUUCAUUGCAUUGGAUAAACUACACUCCUUGAUGGGUUUCUCUAGGAAAGCGUUUAUUUACAUUUCAUGUCAUUGUUCAUCUUCAGCUUUUAGUUUAUUAUAAUGUAAAUCUCUUAGAAGCUAAAAAUUGUUUAUAUUCAUGUCAUGUCA